AUGUUGAUCCUGCUAAAUGGUGGGAGGUCUUUUGACAAUGUAGAUGCCCCAGCCUCUGCUCUCAAACAGCAGGGCAUCUUUGUGAUAGGCAUUGGAACAAGGAGCUCUGACAGUGGAGAGCUGCAGAAGAUAUCAUAUGACCCUAGUUAUGCUCUAUCAGUGUCGGAGUUCACUGACCUCCCCAGUGUCCAAGAACAGCUCUCCUCUGUAAUGAGCACAGUGCUGGUGAGGGCCACGCCCAUGACACCAACAGUAACUGUGGAGAGACAGCCACCAGGAAGGGAUGUUGUCAUCUUGUUGGAUGGAUCUGAUGGUACUAGAACUGGAUUCCCAGCUAUGCGAGACUUUGUCCAAAGACUAGUCGAGAAACUAAGUGUGGAUGACACCAAAGACCGUGUCUCAGUGGUUCAGUACAGCAGAGAUCCAGCUGUCCAGUUCUAUCUGAACACGUACAAAACAAAAGGCGAGAUCCUUGACACUGUCAGAGCUUUAAGGCACAAAGGCGGAAGACCCCUCAACACUGGAGCAGCUCUCCAGUACUUGAGAGAUAAUGUCUUCACAGCCUCUGCUGGAAGCAGGCGCCUGGAAGGAGUUCCACAGGUCCUGAUAUUGCUAAGUGGUGGAAGGUCUUCUGACAGUGUUGAUGCACCGGCCUCUGCUCUCAAACAGCUGGGUGUCUUGGCCUUUGCAAUUGGAACCAGGAGCUCUGAUAGCAAAGAACUGCAGACGAUAUCCCACGAUGCCAGUUCUGCUCUAUCUUUGUCUGAAUUCACUGAACUUCCCAGUAUCCAACAGCAACUUCAGUCCGCAGUGGACUCUGUGGUCAUUGACGUCACCCCAGAAUUACCAACUGUACUUGUUGACACUGCCAAAAAAGAUAUCGUAUUCCUUCUGGAUGGUUCUGAUAGCACAAGGUAUGGCUUCCCUGCCAUGCGUGAUUUUGUUGAGAGAGUGGUGGAGAAACUCAAUGUGGGAGAAAACAAAGACCGUGUCUCUGUAGUCCAGUACGGCAGAGAUGCAGAAGUCCAUUUCUAUCUGAAAACAUACACCACAAGAGAGGAUAUUGUGGAUUCGGUCAGAGGGCUGAGACACAGAGGAGGCAGGCCUCUCAACACUGGUGCCGCACUCCAAUACGUCAGGGACAAUGUCUUUACAAACUCCUCCGGGAGUAGGCGCCUGCAAGGUGUUCCACAGAUGUUGAUCCUGCUAAAUGGUGGGAGGUCUUUUGACAAUGUAGAUGCCCCAGCCUCUGAUCUCAAACAGCAGGGCAUCUUUGUGAUAGGCAUUGGAACAAGGAGCUCUGACAGUGGAGAGCUGCAGAAGAUAUCAUAUGACCCUAGUUAUGCUCUAUCAGUGUCGGAGUUCACUGACCUCCCCAGUGUCCAAGAACAGCUCUCCUCUGUAAUGAGCACAGUGCUGGUGAGGGCCACGCCCAUGACACCAACAGUAACUGUGGAGAGACAGCCACCAGGAAGGGAUGUUGUCAUCUUGUUGGAUGGAUCUGAUGGUACUAGAACUGGAUUCCCAGCUAUGCGAGACUUUGUCCAAAGACUAGUCGAGAAACUAAGUGUGGAUGACACCAAAGACCGUGUCUCAGUGGUUCAGUACAGCAGAGAUCCAGCUGUCCAGUUCUAUCUGAACACGUACAAAACAAAAGGCGAGAUCCUUGACACUGUCAGAGCUUUAAGGCACAAAGGCGGAAGACCCCUCAACACUGGAGCAGCUCUCCAGUACUUGAGAGAUAAUGUCUUCACAGCCUCUGCUGGAAGCAGGCGCCUGGAAGGAGUUCCACAGGUCCUGAUAUUGCUAAGUGGUGGAAGGUCUUCUGACAGUGUUGAUGCACCGGCCUCUGCUCUCAAACAGCUGGGUGUCUUGGCCUUUGCAAUUGGAACCAGGAGCUCUGAUAGCAAAGAACUGCAGACGAUAUCCCACGAUGCCAGUUCUGCUCUAUCUUUGUCUGAAUUCACUGAACUUCCCAGUAUCCAACAGCAACUUCAGUCCGCAGUGGACUCUGUGGUCAUUGACGUCACCCCAGAAUUACCAACUGUACUUGUUGACACUGCCAAAAAAGAUAUCGUAUUCCUUCUGGAUGGUUCUGAUAGCACAAGGUAUGGCUUCCCUGCCAUGCGUGAUUUUGUUGAGAGAGUGGUGGACAAACUCAAUGUGGGAGAAAACAAAGACCGUGUCUCUGUAGUCCAGUACGGCAGAGAUGCAGAAGUCCAUUUCCAUCUGAAAACAUACACCACAAGAGAGGAUAUUGUGGAUUCGGUCAGAGGGCUGAGACACAGAGGAGGCAGGCCUCUCAACACUGGUGCCGCACUCCAAUACGUCAGGGACAAUGUCUUUACAAACUCCUCCGGGAGUAGGCGCCUGCAAGGUGUUCCACAGAUGUUGAUCCUGCUAAAUGGUGGGAGGUCUUUUGACAAUGUAGAUGCCCCAGCCUCUGCUCUCAAACAGCAGGGCAUCUUUGUGAUAGGCAUUGGAACAAGGAGCUCUGACAGUGGAGAGCUGCAGAAGAUAUCAUAUGACCCUAGUUAUGCUCUAUCAGUGUCGGAGUUCACUGACCUCCCCAGUGUCCAAGAACAGCUCUCCUCUGUAAUGAGCACAGUGCUGGUGAGGGCCACGCCCAUGACACCAACAGUAACUGUGGAGAGACAGCCACCAGGAAGGGAUGUUGUCAUCUUGUUGGAUGGAUCUGAUGGUACUAGAACUGGAUUCCCAGCUAUGCGAGACUUUGUCCAAAGACUAGUCGAGAAACUAAGUGUGGAUGACACCAAAGACCGUGUCUCAGUGGUUCAGUACAGCAGAGAUCCAGCUGUCCAGUUCUAUCUGAACACGUACAAAACAAAAGGCGAGAUCCUUGACACUGUCAGAGCUUUAAGGCACAAAGGCGGAAGACCCCUCAACACUGGAGCAGCUCUCCAGUACUUGAGAGAUAAUGUCUUCACAGCCUCUGCUGGAAGCAGGCACCUGGAAGGAGUUCCACAGGUCCUGAUAUUGCUAAAUGGUGGGAGGUCUUUUGACAAUGUAGAUGCCCCAGCCUCUGCUCUCAAACAGCAGGGCAUCUUUGUGAUAGGCAUUGGAACAAGGAGCUCUGAUAGCAAAGAACUGCAGACGAUAUCCCACGAUGCCAGUUCUGCUCUAUCUUUGUCUGAAUUCACUGAACUUCCCAGUAUCCAACAGCAACUUCAGUCCGCAGUGGACUCUGUGGUCAUUGACGUCACCCCAGAAUUACCAACUGUACUUGUUGACACUGCCAAAAAAGAUAUCGUAUUCCUUCUGGAUGGUUCUGAUAGCACAAGGUAUGGCUUCCCUGCCAUGCGUGAUUUUGUUGAGAGAGUGGUGGAGAAACUCAAUGUGGGAGAAAACAAAGACCGUGUCUCUGUAGUCCAGUACGGCAGAGAUGCAGAAGUCCAGUUCUAUCUGAACACGUACAAAACAAAAGGCGAGAUCCUUGACACUGUCAGAGCUUUAAGGCACAAAGGCGGAAGACCCCUCAACACUGGAGCAGCUCUCCAGUACUUGAGAGAUAAUGUCUUCACAGCCUCUGCUGGAAGCAGGCGCCUGGAAGGAGUUCCACAGGUCCUGAUAUUGCUAAAUGGUGGGAGGUCUUUUGACAAUGUAGAUGCCCCAGCCUCUGCUCUCAAACAGCAGGGCAUCUUUGUGAUAGGCAUUGGAACAAGGAGCUCUGACAGUGGAGAGCUGCAGAAGAUAUCAUAUGACCCUAGUUAUGCUCUAUCAGUGUCGGAGUUCACUGACCUCCCCAGUGUCCAAGAACAGCUCUCCUCUGUAAUGAGCACAGUGCUGGUGAGAGCCACGCCCAUGACACCAACAGUAACUGUGGAGAGACAGCCACCAGGAAGGGAUGUUGUCAUCUUGUUGGAUGGAUCUGAUGGUACUAGAACUGGAUUCCCAGCUAUGCGAGACUUUGUCCAAAGACUAGUCGAGAAACUAAGUGUGGAUGACACCAAAGACCGUGUCUCAGUGGUUCAGUACAGCAGAGAUCCAGCUGUCCAGUUCUAUCUGAACACGUACAAAACAAAAGGCGAGAUCCUUGACACUGUCAGAGCUUUAAGGCACAAAGGCGGAAGACCCCUCAACACUGGAGCAGCUCUCCAGUACUUGAGAGAUAAUGUCUUCACAGCCUCUGCUGGAAGCAGGCGCCUGGAAGGAGUUCCACAGGUCCUGAUAUUGCUAAGUGGUGGAAGGUCUUCUGACAGUGUUGAUGCACCGGCCUCUGCUCUCAAACAGCUGGGUGUCUUGGCCUUUGCAAUUGGAACCAGGAGCUCUGAUAGCAAAGAACUGCAGACGAUAUCCCACGAUGCCAGUUCUGCUCUAUCUUUGUCUGAAUUCACUGAACUUCCCAGUAUCCAACAGCAACUUCAGUCCGCAGUGGACUCUGUGGUCAUUGACGUCACCCCAGAAUUACCAACUGUACUUGUUGACACUGCCAAAAAAGAUAUCGUAUUCCUUCUGGAUGGUUCUGAUAGCACAAGGUAUGGCUUCCCUGCCAUGCGUGAUUUUGUUGAGAGAGUGGUGGAGAAACUCAAUGUGGGAGAAAACAAAGACCGUGUCUCUGUAGUCCAGUACGGCAGAGAUGCAGAAGUCCAUUUCCAUCUGAAAACAUACACCACAAGAGAGGAUAUUGUGGAUUCGGUCAGAGGGCUGAGACACAGAGGAGGCAGGCCUCUCAACACUGGUGCCGCACUCCAAUACGUCAGGGACAAUGUCUUUACAAACUCCUCCGGGAGUAGGCGCCUGCAAGGUGUUCCACAGAUGUUGAUCCUGCUAAAUGGUGGGAGGUCUUUUGACAAUGUAGAUGCCCCAGCCUCUGCUCUCAAACAGCAGGGCAUCUUUGUGAUAGGCAUUGGAACAAGGAGCUCUGACAGUGGAGAGCUGCAGAAGAUAUCAUAUGACCCUAGUUAUGCUCUAUCAGUGUCGGAGUUCACUGACCUCCCCAGUGUCCAAGAACAGCUCUCCUCUGUAAUGAGCACAGUGCUGGUCAGGGCCACGCCCAUGACACCAACAGUAACUGUGGAGAGACAGCCACCAGGAAGGGAUGUUGUCAUCUUGUUGGAUGGAUCUGAUGGUACUAGAACUGGAUUCCCAGCUAUGCGAGACUUUGUCCAAAGACUAGUCGAGAAACUAAGUGUGGAUGACACCAAAGACCGUGUCUCAGUGGUUCAGUACAGCAGAGAUCCAGCUGUCCAGUUCUAUCUGAACACGUACAAAACAAAAGGCGAGAUCCUUGACACUGUCAGAGCUUUAAGGCACAAAGGCGGAAGACCCCUCAACACUGGAGCAGCUCUCCAGUACUUGAGAGAUAAUGUCUUCACAGCCUCUGCUGGAAGCAGGCGCCUGGAAGGAGUUCCACAGGUCCUGAUAUUGCUAAAUGGUGGGAGGUCUUUUGACAAUGUAGAUGCCCCAGCCUCUGCUCUCAAACAGCAGGGCAUCUUUGUGAUAGGCAUUGGAACAAGGAGUUCUGACAGUGGAGAGCUGCAGAAGAUAUCAUAUGACCCUAGUUAUGCUCUAUCAGUGUCGGAGUUCACUGACCUCCCCAGUGUACAAGAACAGCUCUCCUCUGUAAUGAGCACAGUGCUGGUCAGGGCCACGCCCAUGACACCAACAGUAACUGUGGAGAGACAGCCACCAGGAAGGGAUGUUGUCAUCUUGUUGGAUGGAUCUGAUGGUACUAGAACUGGAUUCCCAGCUAUGCGAGACUUUGUCCAAAGACUAGUCGAGAAACUAAGUGUGGAUGACACCAAAGACCGUGUCUCAGUGGUUCAGUACAGCAGAGAUCCAGCUGUCCAGUUCUAUCUGAACACGUACAAAACAAAAGGCGAGAUCCUUGACACUGUCAGAGCUUUAAGGCACAAAGGCGGAAGACCCCUCAACACUGGAGCAGCUCUCCAGUACUUGAGAGAUAAUGUCUUCACAGCCUCUGCUGGAAGCAGGCGCCUGGAAGGAGUUCCACAGGUCCUGAUAUUGCUAAAUGGUGGGAGGUCUUUUGACAAUGUAGAUGCCCCAGCCUCUGCUCUCAAACAGCAGGGCAUCUUUGUGAUAGGCAUUGGAACAAGGAGCUCUGACAGUGGAGAGCUGCAGAAGAUAUCAUAUGACCCUAGUUAUGCUCUAUCAGUGUCGGAGUUCACUGACCUCCCCAGUGUCCAAGAACAGCUCUCCUCUGUAAUGAGCACAGUGCUGGUGAGGGCCACGCCCAUGACACCAACAGUAACUGUGGAGAGACAGCCACCAGGAAGGGAUGUUGUCAUCUUGUUGGAUGGAUCUGAUGGUACUAGAACUGGAUUCCCAGCUAUGCGAGACUUUGUCCAAAGACUAGUCGAGAAACUAAGUGUGGAUGACACCAAAGACCGUGUCUCAGUGGUUCAGUACAGCAGAGAUCCAGCUGUCCAGUUCUAUCUGAACACGUACAAAACAAAAGGCGAGAUCCUUGACACUGUCAGAGCUUUAAGGCACAAAGGCGGAAGACCCCUCAACACUGGAGCAGCUCUCCAGUACUUGAGAGAUAAUGUCUUCACAGCCUCUGCUGGAAGCAGGCGCCUGGAAGGUGUUCCACAGGUCCUGAUAUUGCUAAGUGGUGGAAGGUCUUCUGACAGUGUUGAUGCACCGGCCUCUGCUCUCAAACAGCUGGGUGUCUUGGCCUUUGCAAUUGGAACCAGGAGCUCUGAUAGCAAAGAACUGCAGACGAUAUCCCACGAUGCCAGUUCUGCUCUAUCUUUGUCUGAAUUCACUGAACUUCCCAGUAUCCAACAGCAACUUCAGUCCGCAGUGGACUCUGUGGUCAUUGACGUCACCCCAGAAUUACCAACUGUACUUGUUGACACUGCCAAAAAAGAUAUCGUAUUCCUUCUGGAUGGUUCUGAUAGCACAAGGUAUGGCUUCCCUGCCAUGCGUGAUUUUGUUGAGAGAGUGGUGGACAAACUCAAUGUGGGAGAAAACAAAGACCGUGUCUCUGUAGUCCAGUACGGCAGAGAUGCAGAAGUCCAUUUCUAUCUGAAAACAUACACCACAAGAGAGGAUAUUGUGGAUUCGGUCAGAGGGCUGAGACACAGAGGAGGCAGGCCUCUCAACACUGGUGCCGCACUCCAAUACGUCAGGGACAAUGUCUUUACAAACUCCUCCGGGAGUAGGCGCCUGCAAGGUGUUCCACAGAUGUUGAUCCUGCUAAAUGGUGGGAGGUCUUUUGACAAUGUAGAUGCCCCAGCCUCUGCUCUCAAACAGCAGGGCAUCUUUGUGAUAGGCAUUGGAACAAGGAGUUCUGACAGUGGAGAGCUGCAGAAGAUAUCAUAUGACCCUAGUUAUGCUCUAUCAGUGUCGGAGUUCACUGACCUCCCCAGUGUCCAAGAACAGCUCUCCUCUGUAAUGAGCACAGUGCUGGUGAGGGCCACGCCCAUGACACCAACAGUAACUGUGGAGAGACAGCCACCAGGAAGGGAUGUUGUCAUCUUGUUGGAUGGAUCUGAUGGUACUAGAACUGGAUUCCCAGCUAUGCGAGACUUUGUCCAAAGACUAGUCGAGAAACUAAGUGUGGAUGACACCAAAGACCGUGUCUCAGUGGUUCAGUACAGCAGAGAUCCAGCUGUCCAGUUCUAUCUGAACACGUACAAAACAAAAGGCGAGAUCCUUGACACUGUCAGAGCUUUAAGGCACAAAGGCGGAAGACCCCUCAACACUGGAGCAGCUCUCCAGUACUUGAGAGAUAAUGUCUUCACAGCCUCUGCUGGAAGCAGGCGCCUGGAAGGAGUUCCACAGGUCCUGAUAUUGCUAAGUGGUGGAAGGUCUUCUGACAGUGUUGAUGCACCGGCCUCUGCUCUCAAACAGCUGGGUGUCUUGGCCUUUGCAAUUGGAACCAGGAGCUCUGAUAGCAAAGAACUGCAGACGAUAUCCCACGAUGCCAGUUCUGCUCUAUCUUUGUCUGAAUUCACUGAACUUCCCAGUAUCCAACAGCAACUUCAGUCCGCAGUGGACUCUGUGGUCAUUGACGUCACCCCAGAAUUACCAACUGUACUUGUUGACACUGCCAAAAAAGAUAUCGUAUUCCUUCUGGAUGGUUCUGAUAGCACAAGGUAUGGCUUCCCUGCCAUGCGUGAUUUUGUUGAGAGAGUGGUGGAGAAACUCAAUGUGGGAGAAAACAAAGACCGUGUCUCUGUAGUCCAGUACGGCAGAGAUGCAGAAGUCCAUUUCUAUCUGAAAACAUACACCACAAGAGAGGAUAUUGUGGAUUCGGUCAGAGGGCUGAGACACAGAGGAGGCAGGCCUCUCAACACUGGUGCCGCACUCCAAUACGUCAGGGACAAUGUCUUUACAAACUCCUCCGGGAGUAGGCGCCUGCAAGGUGUUCCACAGAUGUUGAUCCUGCUAAAUGGUGGGAGGUCUUUUGACAAUGUAGAUGCCCCAGCCUCUGCUCUCAAACAGCAGGGCAUCUUUGUGAUAGGCAUUGGAACAAGGAGCUCUGACAGUGGAGAGCUGCAGAAGAUAUCAUAUGACCCUAGUUAUGCUCUAUCAGUGUCGGAGUUCACUGACCUCCCCAGUGUCCAAGAACAGCUCUCCUCUGUAAUGAGCACAGUGCUGGUGAGGGCCACGCCCAUGACACCAACAGUAACUGUGGAGAGACAGCCACCAGGAAGGGAUGUUGUCAUCUUGUUGGAUGGAUCUGAUGGUACUAGAACUGGAUUCCCAGCUAUGCGAGACUUUGUCCAAAGACUAGUCGAGAAACUAAGUGUGGAUGACACCAAAGACCGUGUCUCAGUGGUUCAGUACAGCAGAGAUCCAGCUGUCCAGUUCUAUCUGAACACGUACAAAACAAAAGGCGAGAUCCUUGACACUGUCAGAGCUUUAAGGCACAAAGGCGGAAGACCCCUCAACACUGGAGCAGCUCUCCAGUACUUGAGAGAUAAUGUCUUCACAGCCUCUGCUGGAAGCAGGCGCCUGGAAGGAGUUCCACAGGUCCUGAUAUUGCUAAGUGGUGGAAGGUCUUCUGACAGUGUUGAUGCACCGGCCUCUGCUCUCAAACAGCUGGGUGUCUUGGCCUUUGCAAUUGGAACCAGGAGCUCUGAUAGCAAAGAACUGCAGACGAUAUCCCACGAUGCCAGUUCUGCUCUAUCUUUGUCUGAAUUCACUGAACUUCCCAGUAUCCAACAGCAACUUCAGUCCGCAGUGGACUCUGUGGUCAUUGACGUCACCCCAGAAUUACCAACUGUACUUGUUGACACUGCCAAAAAAGAUAUCGUAUUCCUUCUGGAUGGUUCUGAUAGCACAAGGUAUGGCUUCCCUGCCAUGCGUGAUUUUGUUGAGAGAGUGGUGGAGAAACUCAAUGUGGGAGAAAACAAAGACCGUGUCUCUGUAGUCCAGUACGGCAGAGAUGCAGAAGUCCAUUUCUAUCUGAAAACAUACACCACAAGAGAGGAUAUUGUGGAUUCGGUCAGAGGGCUGAGACACAGAGGAGGCAGGCCUCUCAACACUGGUGCCGCACUCCAAUACGUCAGGGACAAUGUCUUUACAAACUCCUCCGGGAGUAGGCGCCUGCAAGGUGUUCCACAGAUGUUGAUCCUGCUAAAUGGUGGGAGGUCUUUUGACAAUGUAGAUGCCCCAGCCUCUGCUCUCAAACAGCAGGGCAUCUUUGUGAUAGGCAUUGGAACAAGGAGCUCUGACAGUGGAGAGCUGCAGAAGAUAUCAUAUGACCCUAGUUAUGCUCUAUCAGUGUCGGAGUUCACUGACCUCCCCAGUGUCCAAGAACAGCUCUCCUCUGUAAUGAGCACAGUGCUGGUGAGGGCCACGCCCAUGACACCAACAGUAACUGUGGAGAGACAGCCACCAGGAAGGGAUGUUGUCAUCUUGUUGGAUGGAUCUGAUGGUACUAGAACUGGAUUCCCAGCUAUGCGAGACUUUGUCCAAAGACUAGUCGAGAAACUAAGUGUGGAUGACACCAAAGACCGUGUCUCAGUGGUUCAGUACAGCAGAGAUCCAGCUGUCCAGUUCUAUCUGAACACGUACAAAACAAAAGGCGAGAUCCUUGACACUGUCAGAGCUUUAAGGCACAAAGGCGGAAGACCCCUCAACACUGGAGCAGCUCUCCAGUACUUGAGAGAUAAUGUCUUCACAGCCUCUGCUGGAAGCAGGCGCCUGGAAGGAGUUCCACAGGUCCUGAUAUUGCUAAGUGGUGGAAGGUCUUCUGACAGUGUUGAUGCACCGGCCUCUGCUCUCAAACAGCUGGGUGUCUUGGCCUUUGCAAUUGGAACCAGGAGCUCUGAUAGCAAAGAACUGCAGACGAUAUCCCACGAUGCCAGUUCUGCUCUAUCUUUGUCUGAAUUCACUGAACUUCCCAGUAUCCAACAGCAACUUCAGUCCGCAGUGGACUCUGUGGUCAUUGACGUCACCCCAGAAUUACCAACUGUACUUGUUGACACUGCCAAAAAAGAUAUCGUAUUCCUUCUGGAUGGUUCUGAUAGCACAAGGUAUGGCUUCCCUGCCAUGCGUGAUUUUGUUGAGAGAGUGGUGGAGAAACUCAAUGUGGGAGAAAACAAAGACCGUGUCUCUGUAGUCCAGUACGGCAGAGAUGCAGAAGUCCAUUUCUAUCUGAAAACAUACACCACAAGAGAGGAUAUUGUGGAUUCGGUCAGAGGGCUGAGACACAGAGGAGGCAGGCCUCUCAACACUGGUGCCGCACUCCAAUACGUCAGGGACAAUGUCUUUACAAACUCCUCCGGGAGUAGGCGCCUGCAAGGUGUUCCACAGAUGUUGAUCCUGCUAAAUGGUGGGAGGUCUUUUGACAAUGUAGAUGCCCCAGCCUCUGCUCUCAAACAGCAGGGCAUCUUUGUGAUAGGCAUUGGAACAAGGAGCUCUGACAGUGGAGAGCUGCAGAAGAUAUCAUAUGACCCUAGUUAUGCUCUAUCAGUGUCGGAGUUCACUGACCUCCCCAGUGUCCAAGAACAGCUCUCCUCUGUAAUGAGCACAGUGCUGGUGAGGGCCACGCCCAUGACACCAACAGUAACUGUGGAGAGACAGCCACCAGGAAGGGAUGUUGUCAUCUUGUUGGAUGGAUCUGAUGGUACUAGAACUGGAUUCCCAGCUAUGCGAGACUUUGUCCAAAGACUAGUCGAGAAACUAAGUGUGGAUGACACCAAAGACCGUGUCUCAGUGGUUCAGUACAGCAGAGAUCCAGCUGUCCAGUUCUAUCUGAACACGUACAAAACAAAAGGCGAGAUCCUUGACACUGUCAGAGCUUUAAGGCACAAAGGCGGAAGACCCCUCAACACUGGAGCAGCUCUCCAGUACUUGAGAGAGAAUGUCUUCACAGCCUCUGCUGGAAGCAGGCGCAUGGAAGGAGUUCCACAGGUCCUGAUAUUGCUAAGUGGUGGAAGGUCUUCUGACAGUGUUGAUGCACCGGCCUCUGCUCUCAAACAGCUGGGUGUCUUGGCCUUUGCAAUUGGAACCAGGAGCUCUGAUAGCAAAGAACUGCAGACGAUAUCCCACGAUGCCAGUUCUGCUCUAUCUUUGUCUGAAUUCACUGAACUUCCCAGUAUCCAACAGCAACUUCAGUCCGCAGUGGACUCUGUGGUCAUUGACGUCACCCCAGAAUUACCAACUGUACUUGUUGACACUGCCAAAAAAGAUAUCGUAUUCCUUCUGGAUGGUUCUGAUAGCACAAGGUAUGGCUUCCCUGCCAUGCGUGAUUUUGUUGAGAGAGUGGUGGAGAAACUCAAUGUGGGAGAAAACAAAGACCGUGUCUCUGUAGUCCAGUACGGCAGAGAUGCAGAAGUCCAUUUCUACCUGAAAACAUACACCACAAGAGAGGAUAUUGUGGAUUCGGUCAGAGGGCUGAGACACAGAGGAGGCAGGCCUCUCAACACUGGUGCCGCACUCCAAUACGUCAGGGACAAUGUCUUUACAAACUCCUCCGGGAGUAGGCGCCUGCAAGGUGUUCCACAGAUGUUGAUCCUGCUAAAUGGUGGGAGGUCUUUUGACAAUGUAGAUGCCCCAGCCUCUGCUCUCAAACAGCAGGGCAUCUUUGUGAUAGGCAUUGGAACAAGGAGCUCUGACAGUGGAGAGCUGCAGAAGAUAUCAUAUGACCCUAGUUAUGCUCUAUCAGUGUCGGAGUUCACUGACCUCCCCAGUGUCCAAGAACAGCUCUCCUCUGUAAUGAGCACAGUGCUGGUGAGGGCCACGCCCAUGACACCAACAGUAACUGUGGAGAGACAGCCACCAGGAAGGGAUGUUGUCAUCUUGUUGGAUGGAUCUGAUGGUACUAGAACUGGAUUCCCAGCUAUGCGAGACUUUGUCCAAAGACUAGUCGAGAAACUAAGUGUGGAUGACACCAAAGACCGUGUCUCAGUGGUUCAGUACAGCAGAGAUCCAGCUGUCCAGUUCUAUCUGAACACGUACAAAACAAAAGGCGAGAUCCUUGACACUGUCAGAGCUUUAAGGCACAAAGGCGGAAGACCCCUCAACACUGGAGCAGCUCUCCAGUACUUGAGAGAUAAUGUCUUCACAGCCUCUGCUGGAAGCAGGCGCCUGGAAGGAGUUCCACAGGUCCUGAUAUUGCUAAGUGGUGGAAGGUCUUCUGACAGUGUUGAUGCACCGGCCUCUGCUCUCAAACAGCUGGGUGUCUUGGCCUUUGCAAUUGGAACCAGGAGCUCUGAUAGCAAAGAACUGCAGACGAUAUCCCACGAUGCCAGUUCUGCUCUAUCUUUGUCUGAAUUCACUGAACUUCCCAGUAUCCAACAGCAACUUCAGUCCGCAGUGGACUCUGUGGUCAUUGACGUCACCCCAGAAUUACCAACUGUACUUGUUGACACUGCCAAAAAAGAUAUCGUAUUCCUUCUGGAUGGUUCUGAUAGCACAAGGUAUGGCUUCCCUGCCAUGCGUGAUUUUGUUGAGAGAGUGGUGGAGAAACUCAAUGUGGGAGAAAACAAAGACCGUGUCUCUGUAGUCCAGUACGGCAGAGAUGCAGAAGUCCAUUUCUACCUGAAAACAUACACCACAAGAGAGGAUAUUGUGGAUUCGGUCAGAGGGCUGAGACACAGAGGAGGCAGGCCUCUCAACACUGGUGCCGCACUCCAAUACGUCAGGGACAAUGUCUUUACAAACUCCUCCGGGAGUAGGCGCCUGCAAGGUGUUCCACAGAUGUUGAUCCUGCUAAAUGGUGGGAGGUCUUUUGACAAUGUAGAUGCCCCAGCCUCUGCUCUCAAACAGCAGGGCAUCUUUGUGAUAGGCAUUGGAACAAGGAGCUCUGACAGUGGAGAGCUGCAGAAGAUAUCAUAUGACCCUAGUUAUGCUCUAUCAGUGUCGGAGUUCACUGACCUCCCCAGUGUCCAAGAACAGCUCUCCUCUGUAAUGAGCACAGUGCUGGUGAGGGCCACGCCCAUGACACCAACAGUAACUGUGGAGAGACAGCCACCAGGAAGGGAUGUUGUCAUCUUGUUGGAUGGAUCUGAUGGUACUAGAACAGGAUUCCCAGCUAUGCGAGACUUUGUCCAAAGACUAGUCGAGAAACUAAGUGUGGAUGACACCAAAGACCGUGUCUCAGUGGUUCAGUACAGCAGAGAUCCAGCUGUCCAGUUCUAUCUGAACACGUACAAAACAAAAGGCGAGAUCCUUGACACUGUCAGAGCUUUAAGGCACAAAGGCGGAAGACCCCUCAACACUGGAGCAGCUCUCCAGUACUUGAGAGAUAAUGUCUUCACAGCCUCUGCUGGAAGCAGGCGCCUGGAAGGAGUUCCACAGGUCCUGAUAUUGCUAAGUGGUGGAAGGUCUUCUGACAGUGUUGAUGCACCGGCCUCUGCUCUCAAACAGCUGGGUGUCUUGGCCUUUGCAAUUGGAACCAGGAGCUCUGAUAGCAAAGAACUGCAGACGAUAUCCCACGAUGCCAGUUCUGCUCUAUCUUUGUCUGAAUUCACUGAACUUCCCAGUAUCCAACAGCAACUUCAGUCCGCAGUGGACUCUGUGGUCAUUGACGUCACCCCAGAAUUACCAACUGUACUUGUUGACACUGCCAAAAAAGAUAUCGUAUUCCUUCUGGAUGGUUCUGAUAGCACAAGGUAUGGCUUCCCUGCCAUGCGUGAUUUUGUUGAGAGAGUGGUGGAGAAACUCAAUGUGGGAGAAAACAAAGACCGUGUCUCUGUAGUCCAGUACGGCAGAGAUGCAGAAGUCCAUUUCUACCUGAAAACAUACACCACAAGAGAGGAUAUUGUGGAUUCGGUCAGAGGGCUGAGACACAGAGGAGGCAGGCCUCUCAACACUGGUGCCGCACUCCAAUACGUCAGGGACAAUGUCUUUACAAACUCCUCCGGGAGUAGGCGCCUGCAAGGUGUUCCACAGAUGUUGAUCCUGCUAAAUGGUGGGAGGUCUUUUGACAAUGUAGAUGCCCCAGCCUCUGCUCUCAAACAGCAGGGCAUCUUUGUGAUAGGCAUUGGAACAAGGAGCUCUGACAGUGGAGAGCUGCAGAAGAUAUCAUAUGACCCUAGUUAUGCUCUAUCAGUGUCGGAGUUCACUGACCUCCCCAGUGUCCAAGAACAGCUCUCCUCUGUAAUGAGCACAGUGCUGGUGAGGGCCACGCCCAUGACACCAACAGUAACUGUGGAGAGACAGUCACCAGGAAGGGAUGUUGUCAUCUUGUUGGAUGGAUCUGAUGGUACUAGAACUGGAUUCCCAGCUAUGCGAGACUUUGUCCAAAGACUAGUCGAGAAACUAAGUGUGGAUGACACCAAAGACCGUGUCUCAGUGGUUCAGUACAGCAGAGAUCCAGCUGUCCAGUUCUAUCUGAACACGUACAAAACAAAAGGCGAGAUCCUUGACACUGUCAGAGCUUUAAGGCACAAAGGCGGAAGACCCCUCAACACUGGAGCAGCUCUCCAGUACUUGAGAGAUAAUGUCUUCACAGCCUCUGCUGGAAGCAGGCGCCUGGAAGGAGUUCCACAGGUCCUGAUAUUGCUAAGUGGUGGAAGGUCUUCUGACAGUGUUGAUGCACCGGCCUCUGCUCUCAAACAGCUGGGUGUCUUGGCCUUUGCAAUUGGAACCAGGAGCUCUGAUAGCAAAGAACUGCAGACGAUAUCCCACGAUGCCAGUUCUGCUCUAUCUUUGUCUGAAUUCACUGAACUUCCCAGUAUCCAACAGCAACUUCAGUCCGCAGUGGACUCUGUGGUCAUUGACGUCACCCCAGAAUUACCAACUGUACUUGUUGACACUGCCAAAAAAGAUAUCGUAUUCCUUCUGGAUGGUUCUGAUAGCACAAGGUAUGGCUUCCCUGCCAUGCGUGAUUUUGUUGAGAGAGUGGUGGAGAAACUCAAUGUGGGAGAAAACAAAGACCGUGUCUCUGUAGUCCAGUACGGCAGAGAUGCAGAAGUCCAUUUCUACCUGAAAACAUACACCACAAGAGAGGAUAUUGUGGAUUCGGUCAGAGGGCUGAGACACAGAGGAGGCAGGCCUCUCAACACUGGUGCCGCACUCCAAUACGUCAGGGACAAUGUCUUUACAAACUCCUCCGGGAGUAGGCGCCUGCAAGGUGUUCCACAGAUGUUGAUCCUGCUAAAUGGUGGGAGGUCUUUUGACAAUGUAGAUGCCCCAGCCUCUGCUCUCAAACAGCAGGGCAUCUUUGUGAUAGGCAUUGGAACAAGGAGCUCUGACAGUGGAGAGCUGCAGAAGAUAUCAUAUGACCCUAGUUAUGCUCUAUCAGUGUCGGAGUUCACUGACCUCCCCAGUGUCCAAGAACAGCUCUCCUCUGUAAUGAGCACAGUGCUGGUGAGGGCCACGCCCAUGACACCAACAGUAACUGUGGAGAGACAGCCACCAGGAAGGGAUGUUGUCAUCUUGUUGGAUGGAUCUGAUGGUACUAGAACAGGAUUCCCAGCUAUGCGAGACUUUGUCCAAAGACUAGUCGAGAAACUAAGUGUGGAUGACACCAAAGACCGUGUCUCAGUGGUUCAGUACAGCAGAGAUCCAGCUGUCCAGUUCUAUCUGAACACGUACAAAACAAAAGGCGAGAUCCUUGACACUGUCAGAGCUUUAAGGCACAAAGGCGGAAGACCCCUCAACACUGGAGCAGCUCUCCAGUACUUGAGAGAUAAUGUCUUCACAGCCUCUGCUGGAAGCAGGCGCCUGGAAGGAGUUCCACAGGUCCUGAUAUUGCUAAGUGGUGGAAGGUCUUCUGACAGUGUUGAUGCACCGGCCUCUGCUCUCAAACAGCUGGGUGUCUUGGCCUUUGCAAUUGGAACCAGGAGCUCUGAUAGCAAAGAACUGCAGACGAUAUCCCACGAUGCCAGUUCUGCUCUAUCUUUGUCUGAAUUCACUGAACUUCCCAGUAUCCAACAGCAACUUCAGUCCGCAGUGGACUCUGUGGUCAUUGACGUCACCCCAGAAUUACCAACUGUACUUGUUGACACUGCCAAAAAAGAUAUCGUAUUCCUUCUGGAUGGUUCUGAUAGCACAAGGUAUGGCUUCCCUGCCAUGCGUGAUUUUGUUGAGAGAGUGGUGGAGAAACUCAAUGUGGGAGAAAACAAAGACCGUGUCUCUGUAGUCCAGUACGGCAGAGAUGCAGAAGUCCAUUUCUACCUGAAAACAUACACCACAAGAGAGGAUAUUGUGGAUUCGGUCAGAGGGCUGAGACACAGAGGAGGCAGGCCUCUCAACACUGGUGCCGCACUCCAAUACGUCAGGGACAAUGUCUUUACAAACUCCUCCGGGAGUAGGCGCCUGCAAGGUGUUCCACAGAUGUUGAUCCUGCUAAAUGGUGGGAGGUCUUUUGACAAUGUAGAUGCCCCAGCCUCUGCUCUCAAACAGCAGGGCAUCUUUGUGAUAGGCAUUGGAACAAGGAGCUCUGACAGUGGAGAGCUGCAGAAGAUAUCAUAUGACCCUAGUUAUGCUCUAUCAGUGUCGGAGUUCACUGACCUCCCCAGUGUCCAAGAACAGCUCUCCUCUGUAAUGAGCACAGUGCUGGUGAGGGCCACGCCCAUGACACCAACAGUAACUGUGGAGAGACAGUCACCAGGAAGGGAUGUUGUCAUCUUGUUGGAUGGAUCUGAUGGUACUAGAACUGGAUUCCCAGCUAUGCGAGACUUUGUCCAAAGACUAGUCGAGAAACUAAGUGUGGAUGACACCAAAGACCGUGUCUCAGUGGUUCAGUACAGCAGAGAUCCAGCUGUCCAGUUCUAUCUGAACACGUACAAAACAAAAGGCGAGAUCCUUGACACUGUCAGAGCUUUAAGGCACAAAGGCGGAAGACCCCUCAACACUGGAGCAGCUCUCCAGUACUUGAGAGAUAAUGUCUUCACAGCCUCUGCUGGAAGCAGGCGCCUGGAAGGAGUUCCACAGGUCCUGAUAUUGCUAAGUGGUGGAAGGUCUUCUGACAGUGUUGAUGCACCGGCCUCUGCUCUCAAACAGCUGGGUGUCUUGGCCUUUGCAAUUGGAACCAGGAGCUCUGAUAGCAAAGAACUGCAGACGAUAUCCCACGAUGCCAGUUCUGCUCUAUCUUUGUCUGAAUUCACUGAACUUCCCAGUAUCCAACAGCAACUUCAGUCCACAGUGGACUCUGUGGUCAUUGACGUCACCCCAGAAUUACCAACUGUACUUGUUGACACUGCCAAAAAAGAUAUCGUAUUCCUUCUGGAUGGUUCUGAUAGCACAAGGUAUGGCUUCCCUGCCAUGCGUGAUUUUGUUGAGAGAGUGGUGGAGAAACUCAAUGUGGGAGAAAACAAAGACCGUGUCUCUGUAGUCCAGUACGGCAGAGAUGCAGAAGUCCAUUUCUAUCUGAAAACAUACACCACAAGAGAGGAUAUUGUGGAUUCGGUCAGAGGGCUGAGACACAGAGGAGGCAGGCCUCUCAACACUGGUGCCGCACUCCAAUACGUCAGGGACAAUGUCUUUACAAACUCCUCCGGGAGUAGGCGCCUGCAAGGUGUUCCACAGAUGUUGAUCCUGCUAAAUGGUGGGAGGUCUUUUGACAAUGUAGAUGCCCCAGCCUCUGCUCUCAAACAGCAGGGCAUCUUUGUGAUAGGCAUUGGAACAAGGAGCUCUGACAGUGGAGAGCUGCAGAAGAUAUCAUAUGACCCUAGUUAUGCUCUAUCAUUGUCAGAGUUCACUGACCUCCCCAGUGUCCAAGAACAGCUCUCCUCUGUAAUGAGCACAGUGCUGGUGAGGGCCACGCCCAUGACACCAACAGUAACUGUGGAGAGACAGUCACCAGGAAGGGAUGUUGUCAUCUUGUUGGAUGGAUCUGAUGGUACUAGAACUGGAUUCCCAGCUAUGCGAGACUUUGUCCAAAGACUAGUCGAGAAACUAAGUGUGGAUGACACCAAAGACCGUGUCUCAGUGGUUCAGUACAGCAGAGAUCCAGCUGUCCAGUUCUAUCUGAACACGUACAAAACAAAAGGCGAGAUCCUUGACACUGUCAGAGCUUUAAGGCACAAAGGCGGAAGACCCCUCAACACUGGAGCAGCUCUCCAGUACUUGAGAGAUAAUGUCUUCACAGCCUCUGCUGGAAGCAGGCGCCUGGAAGGAGUUCCACAGGUCCUGAUAUUGCUAAGUGGUGGAAGGUCUUCUGACAGUGUUGAUGCACCGGCCUCUGCUCUCAAACAGCUGGGUGUCUUGGCCUUUGCAAUUGGAACCAGGAGCUCUGAUAGCAAAGAACUGCAGACGAUAUCCCACGAUGCCAGUUCUGCUCUAUCUUUGUCUGAAUUCACUGAACUUCCCAGUAUCCAACAGCAACUUCAGUCCGCAGUGGACUCUGUGGUCAUUGACGUCACCCCAGAAUUACCAACUGUACUUGUUGACACUGCCAAAAAAGAUAUCGUAUUCCUUCUGGAUGGUUCUGAUAGCACAAGGUAUGGCUUCCCUGCCAUGCGUGAUUUUGUUGAGAGAGUGGUGGAGAAACUCAAUGUGGGAGAAAACAAAGACCGUGUCUCUGUAGUCCAGUACGGCAGAGAUGCAGAAGUCCAUUUCUAUCUGAAAACAUACACCACAAGAGAGGAUAUUGUGGAUUCGGUCAGAGGGCUGAGACACAGAGGAGGCAGGCCUCUCAACACUGGUGCUGCACUCCAAUACGUCAGGGACAAUGUCUUUACAAACUCCUCCGGGAGUAGGCGCCUGCAAGGUGUUCCACAGAUGUUGAUCCUGCUAAAUGGUGGGAGGUCUUUUGACAAUGUAGAUGCCCCAGCCUCUGCUCUCAAACAGCAGGGCAUCUUUGUGAUAGGCAUUGGAACAAGGAGCUCUGACAGUGGAGAGCUGCAGAAGAUAUCAUAUGACCCUAGUUAUGCUCUAUCAUUGUCGGAGUUCACUGACCUCCCCAGUGUCCAAGAACAGCUCUCCUCUGUAAUGAGCACAGUGCUGGUGAGGGCCACGCCCAUGACACCAACAGUAACUGCCGAGACGCAGGGCCCCCGAAAGGAUGUUGUUUUCCUUGUUGAUGGAUCUAAUGGUGUUGGACGGGAAUUUCCUAUCAUCCAGGAGUUUAUCCGCAGGGUCGUGGAGAGUCUCAAUGUGGGCGAGAACAAGAUCCGGAUUGGUGUGGUCCAGUAUGGUGACUCUGCUCAGGCUGACAUGUUUCUAAACACACAUACAACCAAAGAAGGUGUUUUGAAUGCCGUUAAGGGAAUCAGGCAGCGAGGAGGAAGACAACGUAACCUUGGACAGGCCUUGCAGUUUGUCAGUCAGGAUGUUCUGACAGCAGCACGUGGUGGCAGGAAGCAAGAGGGUGUACCGCAAUUUGUAAUUGUCGUCUCCAGUGGGUCUUCAACAGAUGACAUCAGUAGUGCAGCAUCUUCCCUUAAACAAUCUAGAGUUCUUCCCUUCAGCAUUGGGACCAGGGAUGUUAACCCGACAGAGCUCCGAGUGGUGUCAUACGUGCCUAACUUUGCCUUCACUGUAGAUGACCUCCCUGGCCUGUACACAGUCCAAGAAAACUUAAUUAACACUCUCACUGAGCUGUCAGAUGAUGACAUUACCAGGAUGCGUCCAGUAUUCCCAACCAUUGAUGUAAUCACACCAGCAACCACGGGAGGAGAAAAGAGGGAUGUCGUAUUUUUAGUUGAUGGCACAACAGCGGGUCGUGAGUUUUUUUCCAUCCGUGAAAUGAUAAGAAGAGUUGUGGAGAAGCUGGAUGUAGGAUUGGAUAAGGUCCGAAUUUCAGUGGUACAGUACAGCGAUGACCCAAAGUUAGAAUUUCUUCUGAAUGAAUUCUCCACCAAAGAUGAGAUACGCCAGGCUGUGAUGAAACUUCAAAGCAAAGGUGGGAACCGUCUAAACACAGGUCGUGCUCUCGAGUGGGUCUACAGAAACGUCUACCAGAGGUCAGCAGGUAGCCGCAUUGAGGAUGGGGUACCUCAGUUCCUCAUUCUAGUUACAGGUGGAAAGUCUGCAGAUGAUGUAUCCACUGCAGCUGACCAACUUAAGAGAAACCAGGUUGCACCUCUUGCCAUUGGAUCAAGGAAUGCAGACACUGAUGAACUGAAACAGAUUUCCCUGAAGCCCGAACUUGUAUAUACAGUUGACAGUUUCCAGCAGCUUCCAAGAGUGGAGUCACAGCUCAUUGAUUCAGUCAAAACAAUAUCCACCAGUGAUAUCAUCAGUAGUUAUGUUCCUCCAUCAGUGGAUUUAGGUAACCUAAAUCUUGGAAGAAAGGACAUUAUCUUCCUUAUUGAUGGCUCAGAUAGUACAGGUGCUAAAGGCAUUGUUCAUAUCCGUGACUUCAUCCUCAACAUUGUCCGACAACUCGAUGUGCAGCCUGAUCAAGUGCGUGUGGGUGUUGUCCAGUAUGCCGACAGAGUUAAAACAGAGUUCUCACUCAACUCUCACAAUAACAAGCAAGCUGUUGUCUCUGCUAUUCAAAGACUUCGGCAGAUAGGUGGCCGGGCAUCACAUCUGGCUGAUGCCAUUGACUAUGUUAUAAAAAACGAGUUUAAACCCGCUGCUGGUGUUCGUCAAGCUGAGGCCUCCCAGCAUCUUGUGGUUCUCACAGGUGGACAUUCCCCCCAAGAUGUUUCUAUCUAUGGACCUCUGCUUAAGGGCACCCGGGUCAACUGCAUUGGUGUUGGAGCUGCUGGUGCUGACAAAAGGCAGCUAACCCAAAUUGCCACCACCUCAGCUGAUGUCCUCCAAGUUCCUGACUUCCAUGGCCUGCCAGCAGUCCGGCAGGGGGUUAUUGAGCGGUUGAGUGGGAUCAUUGAGGAACCACCCACAGACUUUGAGGAUCCUAGCCUUCCAGCCCCCAAAAAGGCUGAUAUAGUGUUUUUGGUGGAUGGCUCCAUUAACUUGGGCAGAGACAACUUUAAUGAAGUGAUGUUGUUUAUCACCAACCUAAUUGACCUGUUCUUCAACGAGAGAGACAACCUGCGCAUUGGCCUGGCGCAUUAUACAGCAGAUGUGACUGACGUCUUCUACCUCAACACCUACAAGAACAAGCAAGACAUUGUAAGUGCCAUUGGCCGAACAGAGUACAAAGGUGGACGUAGAAUCAACACUGGUGCAGCCAUUCGCCAUGUUCAAGAUGUUCACUUUACCAAAGAAAAAGGCAGUAGGAUGGAUGAGGGCACUCCUCAGAUUCUUAUGGUUCUCACUGGAGGACGCUCAGCUGAUGAUGGGAAAACAGCAGCCCUUGGUCUGAAGAAAAAAGGUGUGAGAGUCUUUGCUGUAGGCGUUGGCGACAUUGAGAAUGAGUUAGAAGACCUGGCAAGUGAGUCCUCCACUGUGGCUAGAGCAAGCACCUUCCUAGGACUUUCAGAGCUCAAUGAGCAAAUUCUGGAAACUUUGGAUGAUGAAGUGAAAGGGAAGCUGUGUGCUAUUGUUCAAGAAACUCCUAAAACCUGCAGCAUAGAGGUGUUGGUGGGCUUUGAUGUUGCUGCCCAGAAUAUCUUCAGUGCUCAGACCAACCUCCAGAAAAAUAUGGAGGCCAUUCUGAAGAGGAUUCCUAAAUUGGCAGCCAUCAGUUGCUCAUCUGGGCAGAUUCCCUCUGUGCAAAUGGGCAUGCUGGCCAUGGACUCUGCCUCUGAGCCUGUCCAGCUGGACUUCACAGACAAUGCUGGGGAGCUCAUUGGGGCCUUCAAAGCCCUAGGGAGUCGUGGCCCCUUUGUCCUCAAUGGCAAGACCAUCUCAGCUUACACCAACAGGUUCAAAACCAGACAUGAGGACGUUGUCAAGAUUGUUGUUCAUCUGACUGAUGGUAUUGACGCCCCAUAUGCUGAAAUGAAAAGGCGAGUUGAGGAGCUUCGACUGUCAGGAGUGAACAGUUUCAUCCUGGUCGGGCUGGAGCGGGUGUCACAAUUUGACGAGGCUUUGCUGCUGGAAUUUGGUCGCGGAUUCAGGUACACAAGACCCUUACGACUCAAUAUCAUGGACUUGGACUAUGAGCUUAUGGAAGAACUGGACAAUAUUGCAGAGAGGGUUUGCUGCGCAGUGCCAUGCAAAUGUACUGGAACCAGAGGAGACAGAGGAGCAGUUGGACUUUCAGGGCCUAAGGGUAGCCCGGGAGGACCAGGAAGCCAAGGACAUCCUGGAGAUGAGGGUGGACCUGGAGAGAGAGGUCCUCCCGGUGUUAAUGGAACUCAGGGUUUCCAGGGAUGUCCUGGACAACGAGGUGUUAAGGGUUCUCGUGGCUACUCAGGAGAAAAGGGUGAAUCCGGAGAAAUUGGGCUCGAUGGCAUCAAUGGCGAAGAGGGCAAAAGUGGAGUGGCUGGACCCCCAGGAGACAGAGGAAACCCUGGCAAAAGAGGUCCCAAAGGUAGCAAAGGACAAGCAGGAGACAUAGGAGAAAUUGGAAUCAGAGGAGACCCUGGUACAAGUGGACGAGAUAACAACAUCCCAGGACCUAAAGGAGACCCUGGUGAUGCCGGACCACCGGGAGAGCCUGGUGAAGAUGGAAACAAAGGGGGCCCUGGUGAAGUCGGAAGAAAGGGAGCUAAUGGCAGAAGAGGCCCACCUGGACAGGCUGGAAUUCCCGGAAAGCCAGGAGAGGGAGGUGUUCAGGGAGAGCCUGGUAUUGGAGGAUCUAGAGGUCCAGCUGGACCAAUUGGUGUACCAGGACCAAGAGGAGAAGAUGGAAAUCCUGGACCCAGGGGUCCAGGAGGGAGCUCAGGUCCCGCUGGAGAAAAGGGUAGAAGAGGAGCUCUCGGACGCAAGGGAGAGCCAGGAGAGCCAGGACCUAAGGGCGCUAUUGGACCUCUUGGUCCCCGUGGAGAGCCUGGUGAAGAUGGUAGAGAUGGGUUUGGCGUCACAGGUCCUAAAGGAAGAAAGGGUGAUGAGGGCUUCCCAGGAUUCCCAGGACCAAAGGGAGAGGCUGGUGGCCCUGGCACCAAGGGUGGACCUGGACGCAGAGGAAAUCAUGGACAGAGGGGUGUCUCUGGAAAUAUUGGUACACCUGGACAGAAGGGAGAGGUUGGAUAUCCUGGGCCUGAUGGUGAGAAAGGACCAAGAGGACCAGGUGUUGUGCAAUGUGACCUGGUUAAGAAGAUCAGAGAAAACUGUCCUUGCUGUUAUGGUCAGCAGGAAUGCCCGCUCUACCCCACUGAGCUGGCCUUUGCCCUGGAUACCUCUGGAGACGUUAACCGCCAAGCCUUCAACAAUAUGCGUAACACAGUCCUGCGCCUAGUCAGAGACAUCACCAUCUCCGAGAGUAACUGUCCAAGAGGAGCUCGUGUUGCUAUAGCCCUUUACAAUGAAGAGGUGACCACUGAGGUCCGGUUUGCUGAAGCAAAGAAGAAACGUGCCCUGGUGCAGCACAUCGAGGGACUGCAGACCCUGCAAACCCGCAAGCCGCGCAGCUUGGACACGUCCAUGAGCUUUGUGGCCCAGAACCUCUUUAAGCGAGUGCGCAGUGGCUUCCUAAUGAGGAAGGUGGCCAUCUUCUUUGUUGGUGGGACAGUCAGUAAGCCACAAGAACUUACUGCUGCAGCUCUUCGCCUCCAUAAUGCUGGAAUUGCCUCUCUGUUCUUGGUUAACCGUGAGGACAGAACACUCAGCAAAGCACUGCAGCAGGUCAACAACACAGCACUGGGCCAGGUAAUUGUCCUCCCAAAUCCUGGAAGUGCACAGUACAAUUCAGUCAUCCAAAAGGUGAUGAACUGCCAUGUCUGCCUAGAUGCCUGCUCUCCGGACCAAAUGUGUGACUAUGUGCCCCCAUUGGCCAGCCGAGAUAGGAGGUCUUCUACCACAGACGUGGACAUCGACAUGGUUUUUGUCAUGGACAGCUCUGAGUCUACAUACCCAACCGUCUUUACCGAGAUUAAGCGCUACAUAGCGCACAUGGUGGAGCAGCUACAAGUCUCUUCAAAUCCCACAUCGUCCAUUCACCACGCCAGAGUGGCUGUGAUCCAGCAAGCACCUUACGAGUUCAUCCACAACAAAACUGGCUCUCCCAUUCGUGUGGAUAUCGGUUUGACGGAGCACCACUCAGCUCAGGAUAUUGUCAAAUUUCUGCUGGAGAAGACACCACAGUUAGAGGGUGGCCGUGCACUGGCAGCGGCUAUUGAAUCGACGGUGGAGCAAGUGUUUGAGAAGGCGCCUGCCCAGCGUGACAGGAAAGUACUGAUGCUCUUUGUGACAGGAAGUGUAGAAGAAGAAGAGGAGCAGCUGGUGCGUAUCGCCACUGAGGUCAAGUGCAGAGGCUACUUCCUGGUCAUCAUGGGUGUGGGUAAAAGGUUGAGUGCUGGAGAUGCUCGUGUCUUUUCACGCAUGGCCAGCGAGCCAUCAGAUGUCUUCUUCAAGCGGCUGGACAGCAUCUCACACUUUUACGAAAAACACAUCCAGACCUUCAGCCAGCUGCUGCCGAAGUACAUCAGCAUCGAAAAUGCUUUCUACAUGUCCCCUGAAGUAUCCAAAAACUGCAAGUGGUUCCAGAGUGACCAGCCACUUAAAAACCCCUUUACAUCAUCACACCAACAGGAGAAACAUCAGAAACAUCAUGAAGACCACCAAGCAGUUCAUCAAAGCAAGCACAAAGAUGCAGAUGAGCUGCACGUCUCUAAUGUCACCUCCAGCAGCUUGAAAUUGCGUUGGACCAACCCAGACUCCAAGCUCUUUGUCUACUUUGAGGUAGUGGUGACACGGUUGCACGACCAUGCUCUGGUGCUGAAGACCAACGUGUCAGGCACAGAGCUUUCUGUGGACAACUUAGAGAGUGCUCAAACAUAUCAUGCUGUGGUCACCGCUCACACUGCAGAGGGUCAAAUUGUCUCCACUCGCAAAGGCAUCAUGACUACCAAAGCGGCAGAGCCUAAGCUAGAGCAUAAGCCAGUCAGGCAAGGCUCCAGUUUUGUAAAUACUGAACCACUGGACAAACCAGAAACUGUUAUUGAAUUUGCAGACCCAUGCUCACUUGACUAUGACCCUGGAAUGCCGUGCAAAGACUAUCAGGCUAAGUGGUUCUUUGACAGACAGAACGGGAUCUGUACACAGUUCUGGUAUGGAGGUUGUGAAGGCAAUGAAAAUAGGUUCGACACUGAGGCCCUCUGCCUGAAAAACUGCAUGAGGUCAGUGCCAGAGCCUCAGCCAAAAGUGCAGCAGGUUGAACAAGUGGAGAUCCUUCCGGCUCCUGCGGCCUCUACAGGCGUGGACAUUUGCCAGCUUCCCAAAGAGGAAGGUACUUGUGCCAAAUUUGUCCUUAAGUGGCACUACGAUGCCUCCAGCAAGAGCUGCACACGCUUCUGGUAUGGAGGCUGCGGUGGAAACCAGAAUCGCUUUGACACACAUCAGCAGUGUGUGACGGCUUGUGGAAAACCAGCACCCCUCAACCAAGGAGUCAUCGCUACAAUAAGAACAUAGGACAAAACAUGGCCAGCUUUCCUCUCUGUUUAGGGGAUUCUGAGAAGAACCAUCCAAAAUGGCCAUACUGUAAGGAUGCAAUGCCAAAGCAAUGGUGGGUGCACUGGAUUCCACAAACAAAAAUGGACUUUAUCCCCCAAAUUCUUGAAGUAGUCUUUUUUACAACAAGUAGGAAGGCAACACAAUUUGCUGCAUGAUUUGUUUUAACCUACUGGUGCUACAUAGUAUGUUCGUUUUACCAAAGGAGUUUUUAAGUGGAUUCAGUUUUGUAAAGUCACGUUUUCUGAAACAAUGUCGUCAUAUUUCUCUAAAUGCAGUUUUAUAAGCAAGAAAACAUGUAUAUCUUGGACAGAGAUUAUCAAUGAAUCCGAACUUGCAAAACUGGCAUUAUUCAAUGCAGUCCUUUUUAUAUUGUGUUUUAUACAUUCCACAUUCACAUAGCAACAUUGGCUUGUAUUGAUUACUAUUUUAAAACUCACUUGAUCCGUGUGAAAUCAUUACUUCACUAUUUUAGAGUCACAGAUUCCACAGCAAUGUUUACACAAGUCUUGUAUGGUAGUGUUUGUAUUUAAAUGACAGUGACCAAACAUGGAAUGUUAAGUGCACUUCUGGAUCCACUGCCUCAAACACACAAGGUACAGCUAUUGAAAUGGAAUUUACUUGUCAAGCUGUUUUUAUUUUUGUUUCAUUUGGUUACAACUGAAAUUUGUGUUUCAUCUGGGUAUAGAGGAAAUAAACACAAACUAGACUUUCUAAUAAACACGAGCAACUCA